UGCAGCAAAAGAUAUAUUCCUCAAGAGGAAGAGGAUAAUGAUAGUGGGAACAUCAGGGCAUUCCCUCUUUGGUUUCCUGCUAACUGGUUUGUCACUGCCUCUUCUACUUCUUGUUCAAGCACAAGAUCAGUCAGGCUUCAUUAGUUUAGAUUGUGGAUUACCAGAGGGUACAAGAUACAACGAAACCACGACCGGUAUUAACUAUGUUUCUGAUGCAUCCUUCAUAAAUAGUGGGGUUAGCAAAAGCGUAGCUUCAGCAUAUGGAGAGGGAGAUACUUAUCCAAGGCAACUGAGGAUGCUGAGAAGCUUCCCUCAAGGAAUUAGAAACUGCUACAAUGUAAGCAUUGUAAAGGGUACUGAAUAUUUGAUCCGAGCAAGCUUUUUGUAUGGGAAUUAUGAUGGGCUGGAUUCGCUACCGAUGUUUGAUCUCUAUAUUGGGAAUAGCUUGUGGCAGACAUUGAAAUUCACCAGCAAUGCCAUGGAUGCUUUCAUAGAUCUCAUACAUGUUACCUCCUCGAAUGAAGUUCACAUCUGUCUGAUCAAUACCGGAAAUGGAGUGCCAUUUAUUUCAGCAUUAGAAUUUAGGGCUUCACUCAACAUCACUUUUCAAACAGUGGUGACAUCCUUAUCGCUUUACACUCGAAUGGACAUCGGUUCAAUAGAAGAUCGAAAUUACAGAUUCCCUCUUGAUGUUUAUGAUCGUAUCUGGUCAUCAUAUAACUCCAACGAGUGGACACAAGUAAGCACCAAUCUUACAGUAGAUGCUCUAGGGGGCAACAGACUCCGACUGCCAUCCAUUGUGAUGGAAACUGCUUCCACUCCAAAAAAUGCAAGCAAGCCUCUGGAAAUUUGGUGGGAUUCAGUAGAUUCAUCUCAAUAUUAUGUAUUUAUGCACUUUGCUGAGUUUGUAAAGCCUCGAGCCAAUCAAACCAGAGAGUUCAACAUCACUUACAAUGGUGAUUUUUUUUAUGGACCUGUAAUUCCAAAUUAUUUGUCCUCAAUGACUAUUUCCACUCAAGAUCCAUUAGAGGCAGCAAAUAGAUAUUUAUUUUCUUUCACUCCAACCGAGAACUCGACGCUUCCUCCUAUCAUCAAUGCUUUCGAGAUAUAUACCGUAAAACACGUAUCAGAGUUAAAAGCAAACCAAGGAGAUGUGGAUGCAAUUACAAAUAUCAAGUCAAGUUAUGGAAUAAAGAGAGACUGGCAAGGAGAUCCAUGUGUGCCAAUGAGAUAUCCCUGGAGUGGAUUGAAUUGUAGCAAUCAAACUGCUCCAAGAAUCAUAUCCUUGAACCUAUCGUCAAGUGGAUUGACAGGUGAAAUAUCUUCUUACAUAUCAAAUCUCACAAUGUUGCAAACUUUGGAUUUGUCCAAUAAUGAGUUGACUGGAGAGCUGCCGGAAUUCUUAGUAAAUUUGCCAAAUUUAAGAAUCAUUAAUUUAACCAGAAACAAGUUCACAGGCUCAAUUCCUAAGGCUCUCUUGCAAAGGGCUGAAGCUGGAUCACUCACAUUAAGUGUGGGCGAAAAUCCAGAUCUUUGUACAGCACUUAAAUGUGAUAACAAGAGAAACAAUAACAAGAAGAAGAAGCACUUGGUUCUUAUAAUUCUCUCCUGUAUAAUAGCUGUGAUUCUACCAAUCCUAAUGGUUUCUCUGGUCAUCUACAAAAGGAGAAAACAAAGAGAGAAUCUGAAAAUAUCAGUCCAAGAAAGGUUACUUAAAUCAAAGAACCAGCAAGUUCAUUACUCUGAGAUACUGAUUAUAACAGAGAACUUGAAGACAACUAUUGGGGAAGGAGGUUUUGGGAAAGUAUAUUUGGGUGUGCUGAGUGAUAAAACUCAAGUUGCUGUCAAGUUGCUGUCUGCAAUGUCACAGCAAGGCUACAAUGAAUUCAGAGCUGAGGCUCAAAUAUUAACAGUUGUUCAUCAUAGAAAUCUGGUUUCUCUCAUUGGUUACUGUGACGAGGCUGAGAAUAAGGCACUCAUUUAUGAAUUCAUGGGUAACGGAAAUCUACGCGAUCAUCUAUCUGAUUCAAGCACAAAGGUGUUGAGUUGGAUGCAAAGACUCCAAAUUGCAGUUGAUGCAGCACAAGGGUUGGAAUAUUUGCACAAUGGUUGCAUGCCACCUAUAAUUCACAGAGAUAUGAAGUCCUCUAAUAUCUUAUUGAAUGAACAAAUGCAAGCUAAAAUAGCAGAUUUUGGACUGUCCAGGGUAUUUGCAAGUGACAAUGAUACCCAUUUCUCCACAUGCCCUGCUGGCACCUUUGGAUAUGUCGAUCCUACGGUUCAUUUAUCUAGAAACUUCAUCAGGAAAAGUGAUGUUUACAGCUUCGGGAUUGUGUUGUUCGAGCUGAUCACCGGGCAGCCCGCCAUAAUCAAGAGCUCUGAAGACAGCAUCCACAUAGUAGAUUGGGCUAAGCCUCUUAUUGCAGAAGGGAACAUCGAAAACAUCGUCGAUCCGAGGUUAGGAGGCUCCAUAGAAAGCUGUUCUGCUGGGAAAUUUGUGGAACUUGCUCUAUUGUGCACAUUGCCAACUUCUCCAGGAAGGCCUGAAAUGAGUGAUGUGGUGUUACAACUCAUUGAAUGUUUGAAGAUGGUUCAAGACAGAACCCCACAAAUGCCACCUAACAAUGCUGAGAACUUGUCGCACAAUUCAAUUGGCUCUGAAUCAUUUCUUAGUCCUAGAAUUCACCCGAGUAGGGACGAAAAACACCGCCGAAGAAAGAAGAUGGCUGCGUUUAUUAUGAGCUUCUUCUUCGUUUGUGCAAUGAUAUUUCCAGCCACCGGCUCUGCCGACACCGGCGCCGCCGCCGCCACAAUAUUUCCGGCAAUCUUGAUGUUCGGCGACUCGGCGGUGGAUGUGGGAAACAACAACAAUCGCAGCACCCUUUUCAAGGCCAACUACCCUCCUUACGGCCGAGAUUUCAUCAGCCACAAACCCACCGGCAGGUUCAGCAAUGGAAAACUCGUCUCCGAUAUAACUGCCGAAAUCCUCGGUUUCCAGACCUACCCACCGGCGUAUCUCAGCCCAGAGGCCGUCGGCCGGAACCUCCUAAUCGGAGCCAGCUUCGCCUCCGCCGCCGCCGGUUACGACGAGCAAGCUUCCAUUUCCAAUCGCGCGAUUACGCUGGCUCACCAACUCGAUUAUUACAAAGAGUACCAGAGGAAAGUUGCGGCGGUGGCCGGACGGGAGAAGGCAGCCGCCAUUGUUAAGGAUGGGUUGCAUAUUGUGAGCUGCGGCACCGGCGACUAUCUUCAGAAUUAUUACAUAAAUCCGGCGGUUCGAAGACGAUUCACGCCCGAUCAGUACUCCUCUUUCCUCGUUGCUUCCUUCUCCACCUUCAUCAAGGAUUUACAUGGGGUGGGAGCCAGAAGAAUUGGGGUCACCUCACUUCCUGCAUUAGGCUGUUUUCCUUCUGCCCUCGCUCUCUUUGGCUUCCAAGGUAAGGGCUGUGUCCGAACAGUCAACAAUCAUGUCCUCGUCUUCAACAGGAAGCUCAACUCUACUGCUGCAGCUCUCCAAAAGCAGCUUCCAGGUCUCAAACUCGUCAUCUUCGACGUUUUCAAACCUCUAUACGACGUUAUUGCUUCUCCAUCGAAUCACGGUUUUGAUGAUGUGAGAAGAGGGUGCUGUGGCACUGGGGCAGUAGAGACAGCAUCGGUUUUGUGCAAUCCAAAGACAGUUGGAAGAACAUGUUCUAAUGCGACCAAAUAUAUGUUCUGGGACAGUAUCCAUCCAUCCGAGGCUGCCAACCAGAUUCUUGCUGAUGCAAUGCUUAUCCAAGGCUAUGCUCUCAUCUGAUCUUCACCAUAUGGGCUGUCUUUUACACUUUUUUCCAAAUAUUUCGUGCUUAUCACAGCAAACUCUUCUACUUGUUAAAGACAUGAUGAUAUGCUUUUGAUCAUAUUUAGUAUUAAAACGUUGGACAAACUCAAUGAAAAAGUGAAGGCCGAUAAAGAAUA